AACACAAUGUACACAAAUACUCCAGAACUAAAUAAACGUUCCUAAACGUAAAUUCAGACUUUUUUUUAACAUUUUGUAUAUAAUCUCGCAUGGCAGGAAAUCCGCAAGGUUAACGUUAUAAGUUAAUUAAAUUUAAAGAAGAUUAAGAAACUAUCAAAUAGUCAUUUAGGUAUUAAUAUGUAAUUUGGAAGAAGAUAAUUUCAAUUUUGUGUUAAGUGUUAAAGCUUCAUUUUGAAAUGGCUUUCAAUAAGAUAUACAUAUGUCCUAUCUUGUUUGGACUCUGGCUACCAAUCACUGUUAUAAUUACAUACUCCGUUUCAGUCUUAACAGAACAUGUAAGACCUAUUCUACCUUAUAUAAGUGAUACUGGUACAUGGGCUCCGGAAAGCUGCAUAUUUGGAAUUAUGGUUUCUAUAGGAGCUGUAAUGUGGUGGAUUAUUUCGUAUGUCAGAUAUAUGCAUAUAGCAGAGAUACAAGAAAAAAAUGACAUAUCGGGACCCAUGAAAAAAUUGAAUAAAUUUAGUUUGUAUAUAGCAACAUUAAGUGUUUUUGGUACUUUGAUUGUAGCAAAUUUUCAAGUGACUGAAAUAUUUAUAGUUCAUUUAAUGGGAGCUAGUUUAUGUUUUGGGUUUGGACUUUUAUAUCAAAUGUCUCAGGUGAUAUUAUCUUUCAAGAUGUUUCCUUUAAUAGGUCAUAAGAUACUAAAUUUAUUCCGAUUAUUUUUAACAAUACUGACGGCGGCGUCCUUCAUGAGUACAAGUAUUUGUGGUUACAUAUCGAUGAUUAACUUCAGAGGUGAAGAUUUAACUAAAUGGAAACCCGAAGACGGAGGAUACUUUUAUCAUAUAAUUAGUGCGGUAUCAGAAUACGUCCUCGUAACAGCAACAGUGUUGCAUAUUGCCACUUUUGUACACGAAUUUAGGGAUAUAGAAAUUCACCCACCUAUAGUUACUACAAAAACGUAUGUGACUAAUAACUUGAAUAUGUGAGCAAUUACUAAUUUUGGCUGAUUUCUGUAGGAAAAAAACGAUAUUUAAAAGCGGGGAAGCAUCAUCAACUUAUUGUAUAUUAAAUUUGUUCAUAGAUAUGGGAAAUAGGCCUAAAAUUGCAUACUAUUUUUUUCUAUUUAGUGCUGCUUGAAAACGGGAAACUGCCGGAUUAUUGGGUAGCUAGGCGUAAUGAAGUGAACCUCGCACUUAUAAAGGCCUCGCGAGGUUUCUUGAGGAAAUUCAGAAAAAAAUCAAUUUCCUUCAUAAAACUGACUGUAUUUUGAAUGUAACAUACUUUAUAAAAUAAAAUUUUAAUAAAACAGUUACUGUAUAGCUGGGCUUAAAAAAGUGAACCUCGCACUUAUAAAGGACUCGCGAGGUUUCUUCCUAAAAAAAAUCAAUUUCGUUCGUAAAAUUAUUUUUAUUUCAAAUGUAACACACUAUAUAAAAAUUUUAAUAAAACAAUUACUGGGUAGUUGGACUAAAUUUUCUGAAUAAUACUUUUAUAUUGACACACUUAGAACAACGUUCAUUUUUAAAUUCUAUUGCAAAAAAAUGUCAUUAACCUUUAUUACUUAAGAAUACACUCAAAAAUAUAAACAUUUUAUACGUACCUGAAGCAUAAAAUCGGUAUAUUUAUAUUUGGUUUCAUUACAAACAUGGCAAAUCUUUUUAUUAGGAAAAAAACCGGCACACUAUCCACAUGUGUCCACUGCCUGCAUUCACAGCAACGGAUCCACUUUUCGUUACCUUUUAACGCAAACAAUUUGGUAACCGAUACACGCCUUUACUUCUCUCAUUUGUUUGGCAUUUUCUUUUUCUCUCAACUCCAACAUAAAUUAGCAGCUGGUGAGUACUGCUGGAGUUUUUUUCCUUUUCACUAAUAUUUCGGUAGAUGUGGUACAAUGAUGGCUCACGUACAACUGAUCCAUUUCGCGAGCAGUUCUUGGGUGCAUUUCACGACAUCAUGUUCAUGACAACGAUAUUUCCAGUUUCACUUAGUCCUUAGCCUUAGAAUCGUGAACGCAAGUAGAAUGGCAAAACAGAAAAAAUAAAGCGGAAACUUUAAGAGGUUAUGUUAUAAUUUGUAAGUUAUUGCAUUUUUUAGUGAAGUGCUUAAUUAAUUUACAUUAAAGUACAAUCAAAAUAUCUUCUGCUUGUAAAAUAUAUGGUGGUGUGUCACAAGAAUGCAUCGUAAGUACUAAUAAUAACUCAGAGCUAAAUUUUCAUAGUUGCAAACUGUUUUGAGUUUUUAAAAAUUCCGCUAAUUCUUUCCACGCUCACCUCGAUCCACUUUUUGACAACGUUCGUCGUAAACGUUAGUCAUGACGUCAUGAGUGACGUUCUCACCGCGACCACAACGAUUGUAGUCGCCAUGUUAUCAGUGACAUAUUUGAGCGGGAAUUUUAAAAUCGCUAAUAAAUCAAAGUAUGCCAUUUUAGGCUAUCCCAAACAUGUCUCAAAUUUAACAAAAACAAUGAUAUUACGAGUGUUUAUUGUGAAGCAAGUAAAUUUUAGCUGUAACCAACGAAUAGCUGUGAUUUUUUUAGAUUGAAUAGUGGUAGUUGGUGUUCAAUUGAAAUUGCUCGAAUUCGUAAUAAAGAUCAUAUAAUUUUCA